CUACUAUGGCCCCUUCCUAGCUUCAACCACCACAUACACAUAUAAAUGUUAGUCUUAAAGUUCCACACCAUCCCAGAAACAUAUUUUGAUCUUCAAUCUCACUCCUUCACUUCAAUUCUUACCAAUAUCACAUAAUCUAUACUUGCUCUUUCUAUGAAUUGCUUGGUCAUGCCAUUAUCAUUGAUCCGAAGACGCUCCAUGGGGUACAGGCCCCUAACGAAGGACAAAGAAUGUGACAGCCCUGUGACCGUGGUGGUCGGAAAAGAGAAUAGGGUGUUCCUGGUGGACCCUUUCAUAUUACAAGAGAACCCUUUUCGGGUUUUGAUGGACACGUCCAUGAGGAAGCAGCUGGAGGAGGAUCAAGAGGACAACAACAAGGAUCAUCAUCAUAAUAAUCUCCAUCAACCUAGUAAGGUGGUCUUUGUCGAUGUGGAUGCCAUUUUGUUCGAGCACAUGUUGUGGCUCAUGCACAAUGAUUGUUCUUCUUUGUUCGAGCUUAAUUUGAAGGAGAUUAUUGACUUCUACGCUCAGGAUAUAUGAUCAUCAUAACAUUGUAAGUUUGAUGAGUCGUAAUUUAACAUAGCAAACUAUAUAUAUACCAUGUUUUACUAAUUUCAGUUUCAUUGUUAAGAGUAGGGUUCUAGUUCCUUAAAUUCUUGUAUUAUUUCUAUUAAUACAGAGUACAGACCAAUAUAGCACGUAGUAUAUAAGAUGGUUAUUCUUUCUUUGUAAUGACAACCAUUUUCAUUUCAUCCCUAUCUUUGUACUAUGUUACUUUCUGUUUCCGUCGUAAGUAUGAUUUUUUCUUC